AUUUGUUGUGCACCAUGCCUGGGAGACAUAGCCUCCCUGGACCCACUCUCUCUGUCUUUUUUGUUUUCUUUCCUUUAAGGUGCAUUAAAGAACAGGCUGAGAGAUGGCCAGACCUGGGUCCUGCGGCUCAGGGCCUAGCAAUUAUGCGCUUGGACUUCGGUUCCCCUCUUGGUCCUACCUACAUCUUCCAGCCACCCUGUCAUGGGCAGGUCUCUUUAUAUCUUUGACUCUGAGUUUUCUCUCUUUCUGAGGAAAGAGGCCUGCUUGGUGAGCAGGGUCCUGGAUGUCAUGCCUGUAUCUCUUUCUGUCAUCCCUGCAGCAGCCAUGCCAGGGAGGAUUCCCUGUUCCCAUUUUAUAGAUGAGACAGCAAGGCUCAGGGAAUUAAGAACCUUGCCACAGAGCACGUGAGUGGCUGAGCAGGGAUUCAAAUCCAGGCUCUUGGGUAUUCAAGUCAUUGCUUUUUCAUAACAUUUUGUUACUUUGUGGCCUCAGAGCUGGGUACAGGGCAGGUUAGUGACCCCAAGUGAUCUUCUGGAGCUUAAAGUCCCUGCUGACUUGAGGUACCUGCAGCCUGCUCAGACACAUGGCCCCCCCACUUAGAAAGCCCCCCGCCCCCAACCUGGGUUAAUGCUCUGCUGUGACCAUCUUGAAAUUCUUUGUCAUUUUUGAAAAGGGGACCCCACAUUUUCAUUAUGCAGGAGGCCCCACAAAUUAUGUAUCCGGUCCUUUUUAAAAGACCGAGAGAAACGGAGGGUGGUGAGGGUGUGGGAGUCAGCCUCCCCUCUUUUGGAGAUCUGAGCAGUGGCGAUCCGCCCUCCGGCCAGCUUGGAAUUAAGCAGAUGUGUGCCCCCGACAGAGGACACUUGUUUUCACCAGCAUCAGGAACCAUGGCAGCAAAAACCGACUCUACUGGACUUUCACCAAGAUGGCAAGUGAAGCUGAGUUGGCCGCUCCAGAAUGAACCACAGCUCCAAGAUGGGGAAGUAGAAACCCAGCUGGCUCUCUGCCAUGGCCUGCGAACCUCAGAUGGGCCCCAGCGGGGCAGCCGGCCCAUUGCCCACCUCCUCUCCUGGCUGGAAUGCCUUGCCUGGAGGGCGUCCCCCAGGCUGGGGGCAAGAGCUCCGCAAUGGCCAGGUCCUCACGGUUCUGCGGAUCGACAACACCUGUGCGCCCAUCGCCUUCGAUCUGGGCGUCGCAGAAGAGCAACUGCAGACCUGGGGCAUUCAGGUCCCCGCCGACCAGUACAGGAGCUUGGCCGAAAGCGCUCUCUUGGAGCCCCAAGUGAGGCGAUACAUCAUCUACAACUCCAGGCCCAUGCGGUUGGCCUUUGCUGUGGUGUUCUAUGUGGUGGUGUGGGCUAACAUCUACUCCACCAGCCAGAUGUUUGCCCUGGGGAACCACUGGGUAGGUGUGCUGCUCGUGACCCUGGCUGCCAUGAGCCUGACUCUGACCCUCGUGCUCAUCUUCGAGAGACACCAGAGGAAGGCCAACACCAACACGGACCUUAGGCUGGCGGCUGCCAACGGAGCCCUCCUGAGGCACCGGGUGCUGCUGGGGGUGACGGACACGGUGGAAGGCUGCCAGAGUGUGAUUCAGCUCUGGUUCGUCUACUUCGACCUGGAGAACUGUGUGCAGUUUUUGUCUGACCACAUUCAAGAGAUGAAGACUAGCCAAGAGUCCUUGCUGAGAAGCAGAUUGAGCCAGCUGUGUGUUGUCAUGGAAACCGGAGUGAGCCCCGAGACAGAAGAGGGGCCUGAGGACCUGUUGGAGGAAGCCCCUCUCCUGCCCGGCAGUCCUCAUUCGGAGGAGAGGCCACUCCUGCAGACUGAGCUUCGCCAGCUCGUGCCUGAGGCUGAGCCAGAGGAAAUGGCCCAGCAGCUGUUGGCGGUAUUUGGCGGCUACUAUAUCCGGCUCCUGGUGACCUCGCAGCUUCCCCAGGCAGUGGGGACACGACACACGGACUCGCCAAGGAUUCCGUGCCCCUGCCAGCUCAUAGAAGCCCACAUCCUGGGUACUGGGUGCUGCCCAUUCCUGGCCAGGUGACCUAGGGAGGAAGGUACUCCGCUUCCUGCGAGACUGAAGGUCCCCAGGAAGGCUCAGGAGCGCCAGGCGGCUGACGGUGAGCCCCAGGGGAGGAGAGAAGCAUCUGGGAGCACUCGGAAGACUGUCAGUCAUGUCAGAGCAUGGGUAUCGUGCUUGCUUCAGGACUCUGCACAGGAAUACCUUUCCACGUCCCAUGCUGACCCCUGGCCCUUUCAGAAGCUGAUGGUUGCCAAGCUGGUCCCACUCCAAACCAGUCUCUAUGCUGCUUAGAACCAUGGGCAUGGAUGGAAGGCCUCUCCCAUGCCCUUCAUUGUCUGGAGAGCCCAGAAAAUGUGAAGAUGCCCCUACUGGGCCAACCAUGUGUCCAGAGCUCAGUCUCAGGUGAUGGUCCUGUCCUCAGCUCCUUCAUGUCAGACAGGAAAACUGAACCUCAGAGAGGACUCUGCUCUUUGUAGCAUUGUCUCGGGCCUCCAGAAUUCCUAAUCGGAAGGAAAGAAGUCAAUUCUCAGAACGUUCUCCAUUUGUAAGUUUCUCAUGCCCUUUGUUUUAUGACAAACAAUGGCCUUGUGUUGUCUGCUAGCACACAGACUUCUAGGAGGCAGAAGAGAGAAACCAGCGGCACGUAACCGAUAAUGAGACUGUUUGGGAAAGAUUGAUUCUGUCUGAUUUGGGGAUGUAUUUCGUUUAAAGGCAUGCAUGCCUGUGGUUGUGGUUUUAUACUCCAGACCGAGAGCAGCAGUCCUGUUUUCUGACGCUAAUCUGUCACUCAUGACGUUCCAUGAAGAGGUCAGGGGUUUUCAGGUUCUCGGCUCCUGAGCAAGUUUGAAGACCAAUUAUUCCAUAGGCCCAAAUCCAAAAGGCCUGGCCUGGCAUUUAAGGGCUCCCUAGCCUGCAGGACCCAGCCCUCAUCUGUGAUUUUGGCUUCAUCUCCCACAAAACUUCUUCAUAAGUUGAAACUCUUUCCUGGACUAAUGUACCUACUCGAUCUCAUCCUUUGAACUCCUAUGCAUGCUUCAAAGCCCAGCUUUACUUACCUCUCCUUCAGGAAGCCUUUCAACAUAGAACAUGCCCUGCUUCUCUGCCUCCUUUAAAUUCUUAAUGUAGCUGCUACCUUUAUUGAUGUUUUACGUUAUCAAUUCUGUUUUCCUGUGCACAUGCACAUUUUUCUAGUUAGACUCAAUUUCUGAAGGACAAAAUUCUCACCUUAUAAUUUCUGUGCAUGGCCUAGACCUGCUAAGGGGAAAACAGACCAACCCAGUGGAUUGAGGGCUUUGUCAUCUCUAGAGUAGCCUUUGCAGAUUGCUCUCUAUGCUCAGUUGAAUGAGGUUGGCACAGACCUGGGUUCUGGUCCUGCUGCUGACAUUUCUAGCUGUGUGACUUUUGGCCAGUCCUCAGUUUACUCAUCUUUAUAUAAAUGAAUACAUAAUGGGUAGUUGGAUGAUUCUUAGCUUCCCUUCCAAAGCUGAAGUUCUGGCUUUUUCUGUUCCAGUCUAGCCCUUGGCCUAUCUGUUAUGCCUUUAUCCACAUGUAGAAGGGUCCUCCAGCCUUACGUGACUGAGGUGUCCCAGACCUGUCGGACCUGCAGACGGAACACUGGCCUAGUUAGCAGGAGACCUGGAUUCUCGUCCCAGAUAUGCUGCUUCCUUAGAAGCAUGACCUUGGCCAGGUCACGUAACCUCUCUUGAGUGUCCGUUUACUUCUUUCUAAAUGGAUCUGGUGAACACGAAAUGUAAUCCUGUGGGUGACUUACUGUGUAAGAGGCCAGUCUGACUGUUUGCUUUCUCUGGGCCCAGAGAAGACAAAUCGAGUACACAGACCCACCCCGGGAAAUGGCUACCUUAGGCAUUUCUCUUUAGCCAGCUCUCAGGGCCGCUGUGCUCCAUCAGAGUAAUUCAUGAAGGCAGUCGCUGUCUCGCUCCCCUGCCACAGAAGGAAUGUGGGCUGUGAAUGGGCUCCGUAGAAGCCCGUAUAUAUCAUCCAACCGGAAACCCUGGUAAGUAUAGUAACAGAAUAAACAUGUCUGUGUUAAAUGACGAAAGGCUAAUGUCCAGAUGCUCCUUGAGGUGUUCUUCCCUGCCUUUUCCCGAGUUGCUGGUGGUCUCACCUAGUGGGCAGAGCAUUCACGUGUGCCCCCCCCACAGGCGCUUUCUUUGCCUUCGCCACUGGCUCUCCUCCUUUAGAAAAUUCUGUGAUCUCUGUCUUGGCUACUUCACAGGGUCGUGCGAAGCUCAGAACCCAUACCUGGACACGCACCCUGCUUUAAGGCUCUGUGUUGAGGACGGGCACGGAGACAGUGCAGAUGGUGGGUGCGGAGGGAGGGGCUCAGAGCCUGGAUUCUGGAGUUCCUCAGAUCCAGGUUCCGCUCCUCGGAGCACCGUCCCUUGCCACCCUGGGGUGUCACUCCUCGUGCAUGGAAUGAGGAUUUAGCAUACGCAACCGGCAGGUAUUGUGAAAAUGAGAUAAUAUAAAGAAUGGAAAGUGCUUGCAACUUCGAGCUACAAGCUUGAGUCAGAGCACAAUAAAUUGUUGCUGGUUUUUUUUGUUUUGUUUUGUUUUUUUGAUCUCUCAUUAUGGCUUCUACACCGUAGGAGCCCAGUGUACGUGUUUGCUGAUGUAGUAGGUCAUUAACAGUUUACGUCGAUUCAGUCUGCCUCAGACGGCAUUACUCCAGCACCACGGGGUGUGUUUAUGGGAAUAAAGAUUCUAGUCAAACCUCUCUGAAAUUCAGUUCCUGGAGACAGUGUGGCAGGGAGGUUAAGAGCAAGCUGGUCACUUUGGGCCAGAUGGUUACCCUCUCUUUUCCUGCUGUACCUCCAUUUCUUCACCCAUAAGGGGGUGUGUGAUGAUAACGGGGGUUAGCUGAGGCGUUGCAUGGGAAGUACAAGGUCUGGUCUGUCGUAAGGUCCAAAGCCAGGGCUCCGUCGACGACAGCAUUUCUCAGCCGCUCCGUGCUGUUUGCUAGCUGAGUCCAUUUGUGCAGGCUUUGACCUGUGUUGUUCACAUCUGUAUCCUUACUGACUGGGGUUGGUUUGUCUGUCAGUGACCAAGAGUGGCAAACCUCCAACUAUGAUUAUGCAUCUUCUGUUUUUCCUUUUACUUCUGACACAUUUUUGUAUUGCGUAGUUUUGAUAUAAUUCACGUAGCAGAAAACGUACCACUUUAAAGUGUACAGUUCAGUGGUUUUCAGUGUAUUCGUAGGAUUGCAUGACCUUUACCGCUGUUUAAUUGUAGACCACUUUCAUAACCUUUCCCCCUCCCCCGCAAAAAACCCCAUCCCCAUUAGCAAUCACUCUCGAUCCCCCCACUCUCCUCAGCCCUGACAACCACUGACCUGCUUUCUGUCUCUGGAUUUUCCCCUUCUGGACAUUUUAUGUAAACGGAAUCCUACAGUAUGUGGCCUUUUGUGUCUGGCUUUUCUAACAUUAGCACAAUAUUUUCAAGAUUCAUCCAUGUUGGAGCACAUAUCAUGAUUUUGUUUUUUAGUAUUAAUGAUCAACUCCUUAUUAUUCCAGAAUAAUAUUUCAUGACAUGGAUGUAUCCCAUUCUGUUUAUAUUUCUUCAGCUGGGUUGUUUCUACUUUUUGGUUUUGUGAAUGAUGCUGCUAUGAACAAUUACAUACACGUCUUUGUGUGAACGUAUCUCUUAGUUCACUUCCGACAAGUUUUGCUCUAUUAUGACAUGCACACGAAUACAGAAUUGUUAAAACUUCCAGAUGGGUUGAAACCCUUUCAUCUUUAUGGAAUGUCUCUUCUUAUCUCUAUUAGAUUAUUGCCUUAAAAUCUACUUUGAUACAUUAGCUUUCUUUGGAUUAGUGAUUACCCAGUAUAUCUUUGUUCAGAUUUUUACUUUCAACUUAUCUACAUCUCUGUAUUGAAGGUGCCCCUCUUAUGGGCAUGUGUGAUUAAAAAAAAAUCUGGGGGCUCCUGGGUGGCUCAGUUGGUUUGGCAUCCGACUUCAGCUUAGGUCAG